CUCACUUCUGUCUGUCAAUCUGACGUGGACUUGUUUACAUUUGCUUUUGGUGAACGUCAAAAACUACAAUUUUCUCGGCCUUUUUUUGGAUUUUCCGAUUGGCUCCUGAAUCAAGAUUAUUUGCUGGAAAGGGUCUGGUUAUUCAUCUUUCGAUUGGCAUUUUUCGAGGUCCUCGAUAUGCUGCGGUUCGCUCAUAAAUAGCGAUUUCCCAACCCUAUAAGUCCAUUGAGUUCAAUGUCUAGAUCAGCUGAUAUUCCCCUCUUACCUCUCCCAUUAGGUGCUUACGAUUAUCACAGGUCUUUAAGAGUUCACUGGAUUAGAAUUAUAAUUAUUGGACAUAACCACACAUAACCAGUCAGAGACAACUCUGUCUGUUACCAGCUAUUAUUUAUUUGAUCCUUUGAAAGAGAUCUAGUCUACAAAUUGCCUCUAGGUCAUUGGUACAUGUAUUCAGAAUCAAAAUAUUUCAUAUUCACUGAAAAUGAAAUCAUCAAAAAAAAAAAUUGACCCUGUAUAUGUAGUCUUUAUUUCCCUCCUCCUCGAUUUGCUGGCUUUUACAAUGAUUCUUCCAUUGCUACCAUCAUUAUUAGACCAUUACAAGAAUAAUGAUUCCACUGGAUUAUAUGCAUGGUUAUCUGACAAAGUGAAAUAUUUUCAAGAAAUUGUUGGAGCCCCCGAGAAAUUCAAUAAUGUCUUGUUUGGUGGAUUUUUGGGUUCCAUGUUCAGUUUUCUACAGUAUCUUACUUCUCCCCUUCUGGGGAGUAUAUCUGAUGUUAUUGGAAGACGAUCUGUGAUGAUAAUUUGUUUGCUGGGUAUAUCAUUUUCAUACAUACUCUGGGUGUUCUCUAAUAAUUUAAUUAUAUUCAUAAUUGCUCGAUUUAUUGGAGGAAUAAGCAAGGGAAAUGUGUCUUUAAGCAUGGCAAUAAUAACUGAUGUUUCCUCAGUUGAGAAUAGAGGAAAAGGAAUGGCUCUCAUUGGCAUAGCGUUUUCUUUGGGUUUUAUUAUCGGGCCCCUUAUUGGAGCAGCUUUUGCUGUAUGGGCUAAAACAAGAACAGGACAGUGGUAUAUCAUUCCUGCAACUUUUGCAUUACUCCUUUCUCUCGCAGAUUUGUUAUUUGUAACUUUAGUUUUUCAGGAAUCAUUACCAAUGGAGAAGAGGGCCAAAUCUUUUAAGAGUAGUUUGAAAAAUGCUGAAGCCAUGAUAAAUGUGAAGAAUUUAUUCAGUUUUUCUGCUGUGGAUCAUGGCCAGAAAACAAAUACUAAAGAACUAAGGAAGUUGGGUUUGAUAUAUUUUGUGUACCUAUUCAUUUACAGCGGAUUAGAAUUCACCCUGACAUUUUUGACUCAUCACGUUUUUGAAUAUUCAUCAAUGGAGCAGGGGUGGAUGUUUUUUUCGAUAGGUCUAACAAUGGCUAUCAUACAGGGUGGUUACGUUAGGAGAAUUUCGAAGGAUAAGAUAAAGAAAACUGCAAUCUUAGGAUUGUGGCUGAUCAUUCCUUCAUUUAUUUGUGUAGGUCUAGCAACUGGACCAAUAUUAUUAUACCUAGGCUUAUUUCUGUAUGCAUCAUCAACUGCGUUAGUUGUACCAUGCAUUAUGACUAUGGCCUCUCUAUAUGGUGAUGCUCACCAGAAGGGAACAGUUAUGGGUAUUUUUCGAUCUCUUGGUGCCCUAGCUCGAGCUCUGGGCCCAAUCAUAGCCAGUAUUGCAUUCUGGAGUAUAGGUUCACGUAUAACUUAUUUAAUAGGAUCAGUUUGUCUUUUAUGGCCUGUACUGCGGUUACUAAGACUGUAAAUUCCAUAUUUAAUUAUUUUCUAAAAUGACAAAAGUAUUGCUCAUCCAUCACCGUUUUGUAGUAUUUAUUAUAAAGUAUAUGCUCUUAAUAUUUAUUCAACUGUUUUAUAAAUGUAUUGAUGAAAUAUUUCAUAGAUAUAUAUAUUUUUCUAAACUGAAUAAACUAUUUAUUGAUA